UUAACAAAUUUGUCGAGAAGAAAAAAAAUAAAGUAGAUAGAAAAGGAGAAAAAUUCCGAUUUCCGAAUUCACUGGCAACGAGAAGAAGAAGAGAAGAGAAGAGAAGAGAAGAGAAGAGAAGAGAAUGAACCACAACCAGCAAUCCAGCGAUGGCAGACACGACGACGACACAGCCCUAACAGAGUUUCUCGCCUCUUUGAUGGAUUAUACUCCAACUAUACCCGACGAGCUAGUGGAGCAUUACCUUGCCAAGAGUGGAUUUCAGUGUCCCGACGUUCGAUUAAUUAGGUUGGUGGCUGUUGCCACACAGAAGUUUGUUGCAGAGGUUGCCACUGAUGCUCUUCAGCAGUGCAAAGCAAGGCAGGCAUCAAUCAUCAAGGACAAAAGGGAUAAGCAGCAAAAGGAAAAGCGCCUUAUAUUGACAAUGGAGGACUUGUCGAAGGCAUUGCGAGAGCAUGGCGUAAAUGUGAAGCACCAAGAAUAUUUUGCUGACAAUCCUUCAACCGGGAUGGAUCCUGCUUCAAGAGAUGAAUGAACUGUAGAUGGAUCUACAAGUCCGUUUACUCAUUUGAAUGACCCUGUAAAACAGUGCUAGAGAACUUAGCUAUGCCUUAAAUCACUUUUUUUCCAUAAAUAAAGUAGCUAUCUUGUACAAUUGUAUCUUGAUAUUGUGAAAAUAUUUGAUGUCUUCGUUCAUUUGGUGGACACCUCAA